UAUACUAAUCUGUUAUAGCAGCUGAUACCAUUGUUAAUAUUGUUAACCAUAAAAGGCGUCUCGUUGCAUCACUUCCUACACAUACUUAAGUGUUGAUUCCAUUAUCGCUCAGAAGCUUCUGAGAACCAUCGUUUCUCUAUCAGUUAUGUUGGCCGAAAUGCAUAUGUUCAGCGAAAAUAUUAAAUGCUGUGUCAUGUUGUGACUGCAGGCUCAUUCGGCUGUCGAUUUAUUCGGUAGAUACCUACUAACCUUUUCGGCGUUCCUAUUACCCACAUUUUGGUUUYUAGUGUUAAUAGAAUCCAUCAGAAAGAAGUCUAUAACCAGCAUAACCAAGUACGUAGACGAUUGUGAUGGCAUAGGUGCUAGCGACCUUGUGAACAGAGUAAUCAAAGUCCAUCAUCAACAAUAAUACACUAGGUAGGUAUUCAUAUGUUUYACUCAAAUAWUUUCGUAUCACUGUUUGCUGCUCCUGUGUUUUAUGUCGAUCUCUCUUCAGCGUUCUUUAAGUUUUGUUGUUGUUAAAAAUUAAAGAUUUUUAAUACGAUAGCAUCAUGAGUCUCGAUAUUUUUAUAAGGAUUCCACCUCUAUUUAUUAUUGACAGAAUUUUCAAUAUUAGUUUUGGAUUUCAAGAUCUUACUGAUAAAACAAUUAUUAUGAAUAAUACUUUUGAAAAUGGAGGAUUUGAUCAAAUUGAGGAUGACUAUAUCUCACAAUAUUAUGAGCCGAUAACUAUAUUAUUUAAUAAAGCAAUUGUAUCCUAUUUCAUAUUUUGUUCAUCGUUAUGUUUAUUUGUUCUACCAACUCGAUACUUGUACCCGGUCUACUUAUAUUUUGCUUCUAUCUGCGUUUUGCUUUUUUCUUAUUGGACAAAUGUACAAAUACUUAAUGUUUUAUCAGAGAAAUUUGCUAACUUAAAAAUAUUUACGAUAAACGAAGUUGUAGUAUGGGAUAUAGAUGGUAUUAUACAUAUUUUUACACAAUUACAAACCGUGCAUUUCUUAUGCUUGUUAUUCUGUGGUAUGAUACUACAGUAUUUUCUAUCAYUAUUAUUCAACUCUUUACAAGUCUGCACUACAAAUCAUUUAAUCCAUAAGGGUGUUUGCAUUAGUUUUAUUCUUCCUUCUUUAAUGGUAUUAAUACCAGUUACACAUGGAAUUAUGAAUUCAAUAACUAUGCUAUUAUCAUCAUUUUUGCCAUUAUUUAUUGUGAUGAAAACAUUGUGGUUAAAUAUAUUUUCAAUAAUAAGUUUAGUUCGAAGUGCAAAUACUCUUACCCCAGAUACCUUAGAGAAUAAAAUACAUGACUUUGUUGUAAUGGAAUGGCCACGUCUCAAAAUUCCAAAUGUUUUACGAUUAUUUUGGACUCUGAGAUUAUUGGAUAUAUAUAUAUUAUCUCUGUCAACUAAGGAGAUAAGACAUGAAACUUUGUUUGAAACUGUGAAAUAUUUGUUAGUUAAAGGAUGCGAUACAUUUAUAGCAAUUUUAGGAAUGUCAAGUUUUAUUUCAUACUUCUGUCAUAACAUAGGAACAUUCUUCCGAUGGGUGCUGUUGACUGUUGGUAUAGGACAGAUUAACAUUGGAAAACGUUCUGCAAUAUUAUUUGUUGUAUUAGCUGUUCAAAGUGGAUUAACUGUAUUAGAACCAGAAGAGCGCUUUAUACAACUUUGUCGAAAUGUUUGUUUAAUUUGUGAUUUCUUAAUGUUUUAUAUCCAUAGUUUGGUUGAAUCAUUAUUAUACUCUUUGAAUGUUAAUCAUAAUACAUCAAUAAAUAGGCAUUUAAGAGCUCUUUUUGUUAGUGGAUUUAUUAUAAUGUUUUCAACUAAUAUGUUGAGAUACUUGUGGCAUUACAAUCUUGUUAAUAACUGGCUAGUAGAAUUUUCUUCUUUCAAUAUUCAAAUUGUGAUCAAAAUAUUGGUAACAUUAGCUGUAUAUGCAUUAAAUAUGAUAGAUGGCCAUCKCAUAUCAAUUUGGGAGAAAUUGGACGAUUAUGAGUUUUAUAUAAAAUCAUUUGGUCAUGUGAUGAGCUUCUGGUUUAGCACCUGUAUUUUUCUGAACGCAGUUUAUAAUAUUAUUUUUCAAUCAGGCAGUUUAUUCCGUGUACCCUUUGUGUGUCUGCAUGCAUAUUAUGCCAUAUGGCGUAGCAUUAGAAAUGGAUGGAGAGUAUUCAUUAGACGUCGUUCAGCUGAUAAAAGAAUUAAUUCGUUAACUGAUGCAUCUUCAACUCAAUUGUCUGAAUUUGAUGACAUUUGUUCUAUAUGUCGGCAUUAUAUGUAUUCAGCAAAAAUUACUAAAUGCAAUCAUUAUUUCCACAGUAUAUGUCUGCGUAAAUGGCUUAAUUUAAAGGAUAGCUGCCCAUUGUGUCAUAAUAUUUUAUACCAGUCAUAAAUGUUAAACAUUUGUAGACACGGUAUAGAAAUCACUUUCAAGAACUCCAAAAUGUUAUUGAUACUGAUAAUUUUUAAAUAAUUUGAUUUGAUCAUAAAUUUUAAAUUAACAUAG